UAACUGAUAUUUUAUAAUUUUAUAAUGCAACCCCAUACAGCUAGCAGUGAUUCCUGAUCAACUGAUUUCGUUAAGACUGAAAAGUGUGACUUAAUUUCAGUUUAGCAGUAACGUUAACGUUAGGUGACACAGAGCAGAUGGAUUGAUUGGAACUACUGUGCAACUCGGGUGGGGCAUGGCUGCAAUUUAAAGUCAAUGUACAGUCAAAAGUCACGAGCGUAAAAUCAUUAACGAUAGAGAAUUGUUGUAAUGUUACGGCACACACGUUGCUUCAGUUUCAGGUCAGUUCGUUCCACACUUGUUCUGACCAGCCCUCUCCCUCCCUCCCACCCAUGACACACCAGGAAGGAAGUCAUCGCGAUUACCAAUUUCGCUACAAUAACAAACUUAGCCAGCCAGACUUAAGUUCGCCGCUGCUGCUGUGCUAUGCUAUGUAGCGAUAUGCACCCUACUGUAUCUCAAUUUUGAUCAGCAUCAUUCGGUUACGUAGCUGUACAAAUGGAGGAGAACAAUGCACAGAGACCACUUUUGUUUAUGCUAACCUAUUUGCUAAUGAAGCGUCGAAGAGAUCUUAACAGUGUGAAUGUUGAAAGACGGAAUGAAAUCCAGAGACGAUCACGGCUCAGGCAAUAUUUUUUACAGAAGCAGAAGAGGACCCUGAUGAUGCUCCUUACUCAGAGCAGUCAGAGUUGUUCCUGUCCAAUCCCUACACGUGUCUGGAGCAACACUGAGAGCACUGACUGGUGGGAACGUGUGGUCAUGCGUGAGUUCCAGCCUGCUGAUUGGUUGGAGAAGUUCCGUAUGAGCAAGGAAACUUUUUUCUUCUUGUGUGGCAAGCUGAAACUGCGGUUGACCCGGCAGGACACCCGUCUGCGGCCUGCAUUGCCCUUGGAGAAGCGUGUGGCUGUGGCUCUUUGGCGCCUGGCCACCAACGUUGAGUACCGCACCAUCAGUGAGCUGUUUGGGGUGGGCCGCUCCACGGUCUGCAAGUGUGUCAGGGAGGUCUGUCACGCCAUCGUGGUGCUGCUCAAGCCUCUGUACCUGUGCACACCCAGUGAGCAGGAGCUUGAGGAUGCCGCAAAGCUCUUCCAGACACGCUGGGGCUUUCCACACUGCGUGGGGGUCCUGGGCAGCCUCCACGUGCCCAUCAUCGCCCCCUCCAGCAACACGGACAGCUACUGGAACUCACAGGGCUGGCUGUCUGUGGUCAUGCAAGCUGCCGUCAACGGCCUCGGGCACUUCUGGGACGUCUGCGCAGGUUUUCCUGGCAGCACGGAGCACGCGGCCAUCCUGCAGAACUCCACCCUCUGGGCGCAGGCCUGUGAAGGUGGCCUUGCGCCGAGCCCUCCCAGGAGCUUCAUGGGACGGCCCCUCGGUUACCUGAUGCUGGGGGACGCUGGGUACCCCUUGCGGAGCUGGUUGCUCAAAUGCUACCCGGAGCGGCCGCAGAUCACUGCCAGCCAGCAGACAUUCAACCGGAGGCUCCUGCGUGCACACAGUGUCCUCGAUGUGGCACUGUUGCGCUUGCGGGCACGCUGGCAGUGCCUCCAUAAGCGCAAUGACUGUGGGCUAGAUGUGGUGCCCACCAUGGUGCUGGCCUGUUGCAUCCUGCACAACAUCUGCGAGGUGCACGGGGAUACGUUUGUGGAGGAUUGGGUAGACGUGGUGAGGCAUGGGGAGUGUCCUCAGCCCACAGACACACUGUCCCCCUCUGUCGGGGAGGAUGAAGUAGAGGAGGUGCGGGGACUCUACUGUGAGUACUUUCAGCAGCAGGAGCAAGAACAUUCCCAGCCAGUCUAAGGAUUCCAUUUCCAUCAACAGAACAGCAGGCCAGUCCGUAAGAGAGCUUGAGGGAAGAAAAAUGUCCCAGUAUUUCAGUUGAAGACAUCUGAUCAUACUUAGUAUCACCAAAUGCAGCUGAAUUUUUCACUCCAUUGACAUAUUGCUUGUGUCUUGAACUGUAGGCCUACGCUCAGCACAAGUGUCUGCUCUGUGUGUGCACUGUGCAAUCCAAGAAACGUGCUGAGUUCACACACAGUUCUGCAUGGGGUGCUGAAUGUGAUGAAUACCCCUACAUCUUUACUUCUAAGAGACCCUGCCUCUCUGGGAUGCUCUUUUUCAAUCAUGUGGCCAGUUACCCUAAUUAGUUGUG